AUGACUCCCUGGUUUCUGAUUUGGGUGGCACUCGGCCUCCGCGUUGCCUCUCUUCCUAGGCGUUCCUACCCAUGUCUCGACAUCAUCCAAGAGACGGAAUUCAUAAUCACAGUCGUUCAGCCCCAUCUCGACUUAUUGAUGUUACAGAAGAGCGCCAAGCGUCGGAAAGGUACCUGGUUCGCCAAGGCAGUGGAACGGGACACCUCAACGUGGUCAUGUGGUGACACAUGGGCAUACGAGAUGUCUUCCGAGUUUGGAGAAUUGAAGUUGCCAAUACCAGUCGGACCGCUGGUAGGCGAGACGCGGGUUGGAGUCCCGAACUGA